AUGCCUUUGGAUCUUAGCUUAGCCAGAGGAGGACAAAUUUGCUGUGCCUCUCAUGGAUAUGAACAUAAACAAAAUGGUGCAUGGAUGCCCCUGGAGACAUCCACAAAAGAUUUACUUACAGGUAAUAUACCUGUUGGAAAAAAGAAUGCAUCUACUCUCUUACCAGCUCGUCUGAAAUUGAUGUCAACUACUGAGCUUAGAGCUCUGUUUUCCAUAGAGGAUGUCAAGCUUCCUUCUUGCUUGGAUGCAAUGUGCAUGGCUGAAUAUCUUCCUCAUCUAGAAGAAUAUCUUCCUCAUCUAGAAGAAUCUCUUCAGAAACAGUUUGUUCUCCUGGUUGUGGAAGCUUUUCCAUUAAUUCAUAUAAGAAGACACUUUAUAGAGUCAUUAGCCCCAUUGUUUGGAAAACCUUUGGAAGCUGAUCCGCUCUUUUGCAGAAAGGCCACAUUUCUUGCUUCUUCUGGAUCCUUUGUUUUCCUGGUACAUUUUUUUAUUUCAACUCAGUUUCCUAAGCAGCAGCCAGCUCUUAUGCUUCAAAGUUCUCAGCAUAUAUCACCGCAAGGAAUACCGAAAAAGUCACCCCUUCUGUCGGAAUAUCCCUGGAGUCCAAGAUGGGAAGCAUCACGAAUGGCUGUGCAAAUAUUUGACUUCUUGGCAGAUGAGGCUUUGAACUUCAAGUGGUUCUGUAAUGAGUCUCAACCUCAACACUAGACCAACAUGAAGAUGCUGAAGUUUCGCAAGGAUUAUGGAUUAU